AUGGCUUCUCAGUUAAUCUUACCAAAUUUCUCUCUUUUUAUUUUAGCAAUUUUAUUCCUUGGAGCCCUGCAAGGAAGCCGUGGAGAUUUUAGAUAUGUCGAAAUCGAAAACAAAGCCACGCCGGCCCUUGGCGGUGACCGAUACAUUCAUGACAUCGGUGACGAGUACACGGCAAUGAAAGUAUUCAAUGCCACCGAUUUCGCCUGGGAAAUCUUCCAAGAAAACUCAACUGCCACUAGAAAAAGCUUCACCCAUAUAAAAGUUGUCAUCCAAGACAACCUUUGGGGUGCUUUCACAGAGAAGAAUGAAAUCCACAUCGGAGCUUUGUACAUACAAAAUUUUACCGGGGACGUGAAAUUCGAGAUUACAGGGAUUAUUUACCACGAGGUAAGUUUAGUUUGGCAAUGGUAUGGGAAUGGUGAAGCUCCUGAGGGAUUGAUUGACGGAAUCGCUGAUUACGUGAGGCUGAAAUCGGGUUACGUGCCAUAUUAUUUUGUCAAACCGGGUCAAGGAGAUAAAUGGGAUGAAGGCCAAUCCGUGACUGCCUAUUUUCUUGAUUAUUGCGAUAAUUUAAAGGAGAAUGGGAGUUUUAUUGCGGAAUUGAAUGGGAAAAUGAGGUAUGGUUAUAGUGACGCUUACUUUGUGGAGCUUCUGGGAAAGACUGUUGAUGAAUUAUGGAGUGAUUACAAAGCUCAAUACAAUUAA